AUGACUAAAAUAUUUAAGACAAAAAAAGAAAGGAAAAUAAUUAUGAAGACGAAGAAAUGCAAUAAAGGAGCAGAAUCACUGGGAGAAAUGGAAACAGAAAAUAAUACGCUUAAUCCAAAGCGAUUAUGCCAGUACCUGAAGUUAGAAAAAUGGACUCCGAUAAACCGAUUGCCAAUAAUGGCAAAGUCUGUUCUUGAUCUCUAUGAAUUGUACAAUUUGGUGAUAGCCCGUGGUGGUUUAGUAGAUGUUAUUAAUAAGAAGUUAUGGCAGGAAAUAAUUAAGGGAUUGCAUUUACCAUCGUCAAUCACAUCGGCAGCAUUUACACUUAGGACACAAUACAUGAAGUACCUCUACCCAUACGAAUGUGAAAAACGACGACUGAGCACUCCUGCAGAGUUACAAGCAGCUAUAGAUGGUAAUAGAAGAGAAGGACGAAGAAGCAGUUACGGCCAAUACGAUUCAAUGCAACAAAGAUCUCCGAACCCAAGUAUGCAUGUAUCACCUUUGUCACUAGUUUCUCAACAACAACAGCAGUUGGCUGCCGCACGUAUGAUGGGAGGUGGUAUGACUCUGCAUAAUGGAGCGCAUCAUCCUAGUCAUCCGCAACCUUUGGGACAACCUAUCAAUGGAGGACCUCUACCAGGAUUAGCCCCUAACGAAUUCGAAGCGCGAAUGAUGGAAUACGUAAAACUUCUCAACAAGGAAAUUCGUGGCUCUACCGUUACACCUCCCCGACAAGGUGAAAUAUCGCCACCCAACGCUACUUCUCCACUCAACCACCUCGAAAUGUCUCGUAUGACUCUUUGGAACCUUUACAAUAAUAACCAGCCCAACAUUGAACCUCAAAAGGAACCAAUUAAUCUAUCAGAACCUUCUUCGGGUGUGUUAAAAAGGGAACCCGAAUGCAGAGAGUCACCACCACCACCCAAAAGGCCAGUUAAGGAGGAAGAAGAACCAGAACCUUCAAAAGCAAUGCAUUCGCCUUCUACACAUAUUAAAAUUAACAGUAGAGGAGACGCUCGAAACGGGGACAAUUCUUUAGUAGUGAGUAUGGAGUUAAACGGAAUCACCUACCAGGGCGUUCUCUUCGCCCAAAACCCAACGUCAUCUCGAGGAAGAACAGCGUUGGCGUCUUAAAUGCUAUCACUACCACGGUUCGUCGUUUACCAAGUGUUCAAACGUUAGUGCGCGUCGGAACUUAAUUUUUUUGUAUUUAUUUUUAUAGAUUUUUAUUUUCGUGAGCUUCACAGACAAUACGUGCACAAAUGUAGCGAUUAACGUGUGGAGUAAAUAGGACUUUUACACGGGGUGAGGGGAAACACGUUUUAUUAUAAAGGCAGGAUUACAGAUGUAAAUAUUUUUUUAACGUAACACCAUUUUUUCUUUGCAGCGACCUUUAUAAUAAUAAUAUAAUAAUAAUGCAUUAUUUCCUUUUGAAAGUAUUGCGAUACUGUUCAGAAAGAUGAUAUAAAUUAUGUUAAACCUGAAAGUCACUCACCCCGUUUAAAAUUGAUGUUACGAUAUUUUCUAUAACUUUCGUUACACGUCAUUUAUCAACUCUUCGGUUGUAUGCUGAUAAUAUCUUCCAUAUUUGACCAUUAUUAAGGGGAUAUAGAAAUUUAAAAUAAUGGAAAUGAUAUUUUCGUGAAGUUACAAAGCGAAAAAUUAAAAUAGAAUAUUAUUUUUUAAUGAUAAGAAGUCUUAAAUUUAGAUUAGAAUGGUAAUUGAAAAUGGCUAUAACUAAAAAUGACGUUCAGGUUGGAACAGGCUACACGUGAUCAAAACGAUGUAUUGACAAGAAUCCUAUCACCUUAGAAAUAAUACGAAAUACUCUUUUUAUUGCGAAAGUAAUGGCGAAUUUUUUAUUAAUGUGAAUUUACGUUCAACAAUUAUUUCUGGCAAGGUUUUUUGCUUUUUAUUUUUGUGGAUUUUCUUAUAAAAUUCUCUUUAAACGAUAGCUUGCAAGUACUUGGUGUCUAAGUUAUUUCUGAUAAUAUAUUGCUAAUAUACCUAAGCUUCUAAUUCAUACAUUUUUUCCUAUUUAGUAGUCUUCUUUUUCUUCUGCCGGUUUGCAUCCACUGGACAAAAGUCUCCCCAUGAUUUCUAGCAGUAUAUUACUGCAAUUCAAAUGUUAUAAGUGUCUGCAAUGGUCAAGUUUUUGUUUUUUCUAAUUAGGAUUUUAAUCUUAACGUUUAGUCAUUAUGCACUUGCCUCCUCUAAUCUAUAAUCUACCCAUACAUUAGGUUGCUAGAAAAAGUUUAAAGUAUUAAUACUUACUUACUACUUACUCAGUCCUAAGCCUUUCUACCGUUAGGUCUAAGGCUGGCGGAGUUAAGUUUUGCAAUGUGUCUCCAUGCUUUUACGGUUUGUGUUAGAUUUCGUCACUUUCCCAUGUCAAGCCUUUCUUCUCAACUUCUUUUCUGAUUUCGUCUACCCACCUAACUCUUGGUCUUCCUGGUUUGUUUUUCCCUUGCACUUUCGUUUCAAACACUCGUUUUGUUAAUCUUUCAUUCGACAUUUUACACACACUUAGUUGCCCCUCUACUAUUUUUUCGUUUAUUGGUUCUAGUUUUAGGUUUUGUCUGAUUGUUUCGUUUCUUAUUUGAUCUGUCCUCUUUCUGUUUGCUAUUUUCCUCAGGAAUCUCAUUUCCAUAGCAUUGACUCGAGAUUUUUGUCUCCCGGUCAAUGUCCAUGACUCGCUAUUAUACAUGAUUGUAGGUCUAACUACUGAUUUAACGACUGCCGUUUUUACCUUCUCCGGUAUUUUUCCCACAAAAAUGUUGUUUUCAUAAUGUUAAAUAAGCCUCCUGUUCGUCCCAUUCUCACAUUUAUUUCCAUGUCUUGUUUACCGUUUGAUUUAAUUAUUACUCCUAGGUAUUUAAAAUGUUCCACUUGUUCUAGUUGUUUUCCGUUUAAUUGUAUUGCGCGUGUCUUUCUCUUAUAUGAAAUUAUCAUUGUUUUUGUUAUCAUAUUGUCUUAUUGUAAAUAUUUGGUCCUGUGUGCUUCUGUCCUUCCUGAAUCCACAUUGUGUAUCUUCCAUAGUUGGUUCUAUUUGGGUUUUUAUUGUUGUUUCUAUUAUUCUUGCGAAUACCUUUCCAGGAAUACUUGAUAUAGUAAUACCUCGGUAAUUAUUACAGUUUCUCUUGUCGCCCUUUUUAUGUAUUGGAAGUAUAAUGUCUUUCUUCCAGUCCUGUGGUAUUUCUGCUCUCUUUAUGAUAUCAUUCAUUAGUUCUUUCAUGCUGUCCACUCCCUCUAUUUCCAUGAAUUUUAUCAUUUCCGGGGUGAUAUGAUCCUUGCCUGGUGCUUUGCCUAAUUUAACUCUUUUAAUUGCCAUUUCUAGUUCCUCUGUUGUUAUGGGUUCUACUUUUUGUUCUUCAUUUAUUUCUUGUAUCUCCACUAUGUUGUCUACGUCUGUAUGAGUUAGCUCUUUGAAAUGUUCUCUCCAUUUUUCCAUUAUUUGGUUUUCUUCUGUUAUUACCUUUCUAUUCUUGUCUUUUAUAUUCGGCAUCAUGUGUUCUUUCUUUUGUCUGAGCUGAUUUAAUGCGCCAUAGAAGAGUUUUUGAUUUUCCCUAUAAUUAUUUGUCAUUUUUCGUUCAAACUUUUCCCAUGACCUUUCUUUUUCUGCUUUCACAGCUAUUUUAAGGUAUUAAUAAAGGUGCAAAAAUUAAAAAUUUGGAUGCUUUGACUUGUUUACAUAUGGCACAUAGAAGUGCGGCAAUAAUAAUUUUAUUGCUUACUUACAGAACUAACGGGAUCUUCUAGUUAUAUGACCGACGGGUUGACUAUGAGGUGAAAUAAAAGUUAUACAAAAAUAUGAAUAAAUCCAAAAGUUUUCAUUAAAACAAUAACCUAUAAGUCUGUUUAAAGGAUGAUGAUGUGAUUUUUAAUUUUUUUAAGUAAGUGUAUGAUUGCUAUAGUGUACAUUUUGAUUCCUUAUGAUAACUAAAAAUGGCCAGUUUAAAAUGCAUUUGAAGCAUUUUUAAUAUAUUAUGCCAUUGUGUCAUACUUUAGAUACUUAGUUAUUGGACAAAAAACAAGUAGAUUGGCAGUAAUGGGUACAUAUUUAUUUCAAUUGAUGCUAGGAAUUAUUCGUGUUGUUAACAAAUAUUGUUUCUUAUAGUAAAUGGUUAAAAUACAUAACUGCAAUAAUUUUUGAACUUUAAAUAUUUACCGAUAUGUUAGUUCUUUGUUCUUUGUAUUCAUGAAAUAUAAUUUAUUUCGCAAGAUUAUAUCAAUCCUGGAUUUAUAUUUUUAUAAAAAAACAAUAUAAAUCCAAGUACCAAUAAAAUCUCACAAAGUUAUAGUGAAAUCACAUAACAAGUACGAACUUCGUUAUCUGGGUAGAUACGAAACAGUUAGGCGAAAUAUUAAUUCAAAUAUGUGACGAUCAAAGAACCCAUUUGUAGUUACAAUUAUAAUAGCACUAAGACAUUUAUGUAUCUUUCGAAUCUGCAUCAGAAUAAAUAUUCGGUGCUACAUUAGUGAAUAUAUCUCCAUUUACAAAUGAACAAUUAUUAAUGUCAUCAGUAAUAAUUUGUUUGCCCUUUCCACUUUAAAAAUCAUUGCUUCAUGUCUUGUAGACUCAAUAUCAUUUUUCUCUACAAAAAUCUCUUCUGUGUCCAUUUUCGCAUUUCUUUUCUCCUGCUUUUAGGUAUUACCAAAAUUUGUUGCAUCUUCCAUCUCCAUUCUUUUUUUUCUAACUUAUUUUUUUUUUCAGUAAUUCCUAUAGUCACUUGUAUUAGACACCUAGCUUUUAUCUGAUUCAACUGAUAAUAAAACAAUUUUCCACAAAAACUUUCCUUUUUGUUCUUUCCUUAUCAUAUCUGCUUUAUCAUAUUGGUUAAAAACAGCUUUAACAAUUUUUACCAAUCCCUAUUAUUGUCCAUUUUACACUCUUACAAUUUUUUGUCUUCGUUAAUCUCUAUAAGCAUUGCGUCUCAUCAAAUUAAAUAUUUUUAAUAUAAUAAUAUUAUGCAGUUAAUUUUCAGCCCUUCAGUUUUCCUUUUUAACACUUAUAUUUUAACACUUUUUACUUCUAGGACUUUUGGUACGAUUUUCCAUGAUAUUUGUAAAUAAAUAUUUUAUUCGUGUUUUUUAAAACACUGUCUGAAAUUGUUUGUUCUUGACGUUUCGUCCCAAUUGCGGCAAACGUUAUCGAAGUCGCCGAGGAAGUAGGUAUAGACGUUAUCCUAUUUCGUCCUCAUCAACCACUGAUGAUCUUCCACUAGUGUCUGCGUUAUUUGUAACCGUAGUGUGUUUCCCGGAAUACGUCAGGUUGUGCAGACACCCUUGUAUAAUGUGUUUUUCUAACCAUUAUACCGCUUUUGUAUUUGCGAGACAUAAAUCGUCGAGGGUGCACUGCGAUGGACAAAUUUGGGGGAUUCGACGCUGACACUUCUUAUGAACCUUUUUCUUGAUUUAAACUGGCUAGUUACUGGCAUUUUUCUAUGUACUCUGUUAGGUUGAGUACUUGGCCUGUGCAGUCUUUGCCUGGCCUGAAGCCUGCUUACUGCGGAAUUAGUUUCGCAUCACUGUUCCUAGAUGCGAUUAAAAAUAAGGCGUUUAUAUAGUUUGCAUAGAUCUAGUUAUUAUUAUAGUAUAUUAUUAUAGUGCUAGUUCAGCGGCAUUCCCGGAUUUCAUUUUUUAAUUUCACCACAAUUUUGGUAUCUGGUACACAAACUUACAGUUGUUAAAUAGGUCAAGUACCAAUUGUGUCACUUGUGGCCCGAAGUGCUUCUUCAAGAUAUUAUUCACCCCAGGUGAUUUUCCAUUUUCCAUGACGUCCAUGCCGUUUUUGAGGUUCUCGGUGAUAAAUACAUUUCAGAACAUAGUUGUUUCCUGAUCUUACAUUCUUUUAAUUUUCGGUGCUUUUCAUCCAUGGUUUGCUUUACCAUUUAGCAGCAGUUGUGUGCUAUCCGAUUUGGUGUUUUUUGAUCAUAUUCCAAGCGUACUUACCUAGUGUCUCACUCCACAGGUUUUAUCUUGAGGCGCUAAGUAUCUGCUGAAAUUUCUUACCUAUCUUCGCCAUGAUUUCGCUAAAUGGAUCUUGCCAUAUUUUUCGGUGUAUUUUGCCAUUAUGUCUUUUGCUUCGUCGUUAAGACCAGAUCUGUAAUGUUGACAUCCUUUGGGUAUGUGCUUAUAUACCCAGAGUUAUAUGCUUAUUUUUUUAAUACGAAUAAUAUGCAAGGAACAAAGAAACUGCUUUCUGCAACCCAAUAAGAGUACAAUGGGUAAUAUAAUUACUGAUUUUUUCAGUAAUCAUGAAAUAUCAAAUUUUAAAAUGAAAUUUUUGAUAUUCGUAUCCAGUAUUUUUACUGACUGUCAAAAAUGUCUUUAAAACCCGGAAUAUCAAAAAUGUUUUGACACAAUUUUUGUUAUUCUACCAUUAUAUUAACAUUAAAUUUAUUCUCAACGAAUUUGUUGUAAAUAGUAUAUAUAAAUACUUAGUAAAACAGUAUUUUAGAAUAGAGUGUGUAUGAUUUUUAUGAUUUUUUGUAUAUUCGCCAAAAGACUGUUACUUUAUUAUGUAAUUCUCACUUAUGGAGUGUAACAAUAAAAAUCAUUUUUAAUAAUGG